UAUAGCUUAUAUGAGCUCCCCCCCCCUGUCGCCCCUGCUUUGGUGCCUGAAUAUCACCUAAACAGCAGUGCAGUCAAUGCAUACACACAUACAAAGCUCAGUCCCGGAUGCCGCGCUGCAACGUUGGGCCUUUUGGGGCGGCCAAUUCCACGCAUCCCCUUGGCAGCGGACGUUCGGCCAAUGGCACUCGCGUUGGGGCUCCCCCCCCGGCAUUCGUUCAUCUUGGCCCAGCCGGCUCGAAGGGUGGUCAGUGGUCACACGAGGAAGCAACGAGAAGACAAGAGUCGAGCCGAGAGGUUCGAGAUGAGAGUCGAGUUGAGGGAGGGAAGGCCCAGCUUCGUGCCUCCGACGGCCCGCCGCUGGGACUUAGCAGACAAGCAUCAUCGUACGUCGGACACGGACACGGUCCUUCGGGCUCAAACUCUUUCGGUUUAACAAACUUGUCGGACCACUGACGCUGGCCGCGAAAACGGGAUCAAGUAGGUGUAUCCUUGGACAAAAAGCUUUUGUGUUUUCCUCUCGGCCCAUUCUGUUCCUUGCUUUUUUUUUUUCCCUAGCGCGGACGGGACGACGCCGCACAAGGAAAAGGAGAAGCAAAAAAAAAAAAAAAAAGGUAAUUUACCCGGGACGACCCUUGCACGCGACGUUGGACCGCUCGCUGCGAGGAACCGAA